AUGAAGAGGGCACCAGUAGUAUGCAUAGCUGAGCGGAGNGCCGCCGCCGCUGCUGCUGAAAAAACAGCAGCAGCAGCAGCAGCGGCGGCGGCGGCGGCAGCGAGGUUGAGCCUGGCUCUCUUCCACAAUUUUCUUACUUUUGACCAACUCCCCCUUCGUUUCCUCCAGCAUUCUCUCUACGACGGUGAGGCUGCCGCGUUCGAUAGCGCGCCGCGUGUUAUCUUCUGCUGACGCGGCAACCAUACACUGCCCCGUCCUCUCUUCAAACUUCGUUUUGUUUUGAUUCAGCUUUCGCGCAGCGCGCCUCCUGCUGCCGA